AUGGGAAAUGGUUCGGUGAAACCCAAACACUCCAAGAAUCCAGAUGGGCACCCCGGGAACCUCACCGCCAGCGCCCUCCGGAGCAGGGUGACAGAGCUGGAAAGAGAGCUGAGAAGGAAGGAUGCUGAGAUCCAGGAGCGGGAGUACCACCUGAAGGAGCUGCGGGAGCAGCUGUCUAAACAGACUGUGGCCAUCGCGGAGCUCACGGAGGAGCUCCAGAACAAGUGCAUCCAGCUGAACAAGCUUCAGGAUGUGGUGCACCUGCAGGGAGGAAGCCUGCCCCGAGCGUCCCCGGACAAAGUGCCUCUUGAGGUUCAGCGGAAGACCUCGGGAUUGGUCUCCCUCCACAGCAGGAGGGGAGCGAAGGCUGGAGUGUCCGCCGAGCCAACCACCCGAACCUAUGAUCUCAACAAACCCCCCGAAUUUUCCUUUGAGAAAGCAAGAGUCAGAAAGGACUCAAGUGAGAAGAAGCUCAUUACAGAUGCCCUUAAUAAAAAUCAAUUUCUGAAGAGAUUGGAUCCUCAACAGAUCAAAGACAUGGUGGAAUGCAUGUAUGGGAGAAACUACCAGCAAGGGAGCUACAUUAUUAAGCAAGGAGAACCAGGAAACCAUAUCUUUGUACUGGCAGAGGGUCGACUAGAGGUGUUCCAGGGGGAGAAAUUGCUGUCAUCCAUCCCUAUGUGGACCACGUUUGGGGAGCUAGCUAUUUUAUACAACUGUACAAGAACUGCCUCUGUGAAAGCUAUUACCAAUGUUAAAACAUGGGCACUAGAUCGAGAGGUAUUCCAGAAUAUAAUGAGAAGGACAGCUCAAGCUAGAGAUGAACAGUACAGAAACUUCCUCAGAAGUGUAUCCUUGCUGAAGAAUUUACCUGAAGAUAAACUAACCAAGAUCAUUGACUGCUUGGAAGUGGAAUACUAUGACAAAGGAGAUUACAUUAUUAGAGAGGGCGAGGAAGGAAGUACGUUCUUCAUUUUAGCAAAAGGAAAGGUAAAAGUCACCCAAAGUACUGAAGGCCAUGAUCAACCGCAGCUAAUAAAAACACUGCAGAAAGGAGAAUAUUUUGGAGAAAAAGCUCUUAUCAGUGAAGACGUCAGAUCAGCUAACAUCAUCGCCGAAGAAAAUGAUGUCGCAUGCCUGGUUAUAGAUCGAGAAACAUUCAAUCAAACAGUGGGGACUUUUGAAGAACUCCAAAAAUAUCUUGAAGGAUAUGUGGCAAACCUGAACCGGGAUGAUGAGAAAAGACAUGCGAAGAGAUCCAUGUCUAGCUGGAAGCUGUCCAAAGCACUCUCUUUGGAGAUGAUUCAACUGAAGGAGAAAGUGGCCAGAUUUUCCUCAUCAUCCCCCUUCCAGAACCUUGAGAUAAUCGCAACACUGGGCGUUGGUGGGUUCGGAAGAGUUGAGCUUGUUAAGGUGAAAAAUGAGAAUGUUGCUUUUGCUAUGAAGUGUAUAAGGAAGAAGCACAUCGUUGACACAAAGCAGCAGGAGCACGUCUACUCAGAAAAGAAGAUCCUGGAAGAGCUGUGCUCACCCUUCAUUGUGAAAUUGUAUCGCACCUUCAAGGACAAUAAGUAUGUAUACAUGCUUCUGGAGGCCUGCUUAGGUGGCGAGCUGUGGAGUAUAUUAAGAGACAGAGGCAGCUUUGAUGAACCCACCUCCAAAUUCUGUGUUGCUUGUGUGACAGAAGCAUUCGAUUACCUGCAUCGACUAGGUAUUAUCUACAGAGACCUGAAACCAGAAAACUUAAUUCUGGAUGCUGAGGGCUAUCUUAAAUUGGUUGACUUUGGAUUUGCUAAGAAAAUAGGAUCUGGACAGAAAACAUGGACGUUCUGUGGAACUCCAGAGUAUGUAGCUCCAGAAGUCAUUCUCAACAAAGGACAUGACUUCAGUGUGGACUUUUGGUCCCUGGGAAUUCUAGUAUAUGAGCUCCUCACGGGCAACCCUCCUUUUUCUGGGAUUGACCAAAUGAUGACCUACAAUCUGAUUCUCAAAGGCAUUGAAAAAAUGGAUUUUCCCAGAAAGAUAACAAGACGACCUGAGGAUCUGAUUCGGAGACUUUGCAGGCAAAAUCCAACAGAAAGACUGGGAAAUCUGAAGAAUGGAAUCAAUGACAUUAAGAAACACAGGUGGUUAAAUGGUUUUAAUUGGGAGGGACUGAAAGCACGAAAUCUUCCAUCACCUUUACAAAGAGAGCUCAGUGGACCCACAGAUCACAGCUACUUUGACAAGUAUCCUCCUGAAAGGGGGGUGCCUCCAGAUGAGCUGUCAGGCUGGGAUAAAGACUUCUGA